UCAUCCGAAAUGGACGGUGUGGUUCCUGAAAUGUGCACAGUCCAGGUCUCCUUUUCUUCAUUUUAACUGGUACACGCCUUCCAAUCACAAUCCAACACUAGAAAUGGCUGACUACUGGAAAUCACAACCCAGGAAAUUCUGUCAAUAUUGCAAGUGUUGGAUUGCAGACAAUAAGCCCAGCAUCGAAUUUCACGAAAGAGGGAAAAAUCACAAAGAAAAUGUGGCAGCCAAAAUUUCUGAGAUCAAAAAGAAGAGCGUUCAAAAAGCCAAGCAGGAGGACCGUAUGUCAAAACAGUUUGCAGCAAUGGAGGAAGCUGCACUGAAGGCAUAUGAGGAAGACCUGAAGAGGAUGGAAAUGGAUGCAGGAUCUGGUCCCUGUGUCCAGACAACUGUAUUGCCACAACCUAAACCCCCGCCUCUGGUACUAUGUGAACCACCACCGCAUUGCAAAAAAUAUCAAAAGAAAACAGACAAAGCAAGGAAGUCAUCUGUGGCGCAAAACAGAACACCAAUUUGGGUCGAAGGAUGGACAGAUAACGGGCACACAUACUAUUACAACACUGUUUCUGGAGACUCUCAGUGGGAAAGACCUGAAGGCUUUCAAAGUAGCUCAGACUUUGUGCACCCUGGACAGCAUGAGAGCACCUCAAGUAGUGGCUGGACGGAAGGGGUCAGUCCUGAAGGAUACGCAUAUUGGUAUAACACAGAAACAGGAGAGUCCAGGUGGGAAAAACCAGAUGAGAAAGCCACCAAUGAAACCACUGAAUCCAGCUUGGCAUCUGCCAGUGAAAAAGAGCGUCCGGAGGAGCCGACUUCAGGAGAAGGCGGCUGCAAUGAGGCUCAGUUGCCACAAAGUGCAGAAGUCACUGAACAUCAGCGCCUGCCAUCCACUGUCCCAGAAAGUAGCUCAAGGAAACGGAAAGCAGACGAGGAACGCUUAGGAAAGGAUGAAGAUAAUCAAACGAGCAACAAAAUGUCUGUUCAGUGUGUUGAGGAGGAGGAGGAAAAAGAAGAGGACAAAAGCACCACCACUGAACCUGAAAAGAAAAAGCAGGAAGAGGUGGCAAAAGUUAUGAAGUCGAAAUCACUGAACCCAUAUGGAGCCUGGGAACAGAUAAAAGAGGAGAAGGAUCCAUACGCCAGUGUGGACUUACAAUUGCCCAAAGUAGUUGAAGAGGUUGCACCGAUGGAGUUGCCGCCAGAACCAAAACCCAAGUUCAAGGAGCGCAUCAUCACCUCACUCGGCGUUGAAGGCGGUUUCGCUUCUUUCAAGAAAAGCAAGACGCAGAACGGAAAAUCCAGAAGCUUUCGACAGAGAGACAAUAAUGACUAAGCCACAUUUCUUUUUUUUUUUUCAA